AACUGAAGGAGAUGAAUAACAUGCUCAGCUUGCUCACCACCACCACCACACACACCAAUGAGGCUGAGGGGCACAGACGCAACUUUUGUCACCACCUGCUAGUUUUCAGUGUGAGCUGAAGAGCUUCUUAUGGCUGCGAUGGCGGGCACCAUCCUCCUGCUGCUCGUCGGAGAGACUCUGAGCAGCCUGGAUCAGAUAAGCAGAGGCUGCAAGAGAUGGCGCUCGGGAGCACAACCGCACGGAGAUGUGUGCUGUGAUGAAUGUCACCCGGGCAAUCGUCUGGUCUCUCACUGUGGCGCAAACCCACAAGAUCUUUGCACUCCUUGUGAGGGCAAAACCUACACACAGAACCCCAAAAACUACAAGUGUUCCAGGUGCACUCAGUGUGAAGGCGCGCAGGUUCUGGUGGAGGACUGUACGCCCACGACAGACACGCGGUGCGGAUGCAAAAAAGGACUCCUGUGUGGCAACGACCGCUGUUCCUUCUGUUUAAAGAAAUGCGGCAAAGGCGAGGAACCCUCUGAGAAUCGUUCCUGCAGACCAUGUGCAAAUGGAACCUUCAAUGAUCAAAUUCACCAGAAGUGUAAACCCUGGCGUACCAAGUGUCCCAAUCCAGAUCAAAUUAUUUUGGCCAGUGGCGAUGCCUUCACUGACAAUAGGUGCGUUGACGUUUCACCCAGCAGUCUGAAACAACCCGAAUCCGAUCGCACGAAAUCCUCAUGGCCGUUGCUCUUGUCUGUGUUGCCGAGUGUGUGCCUUUUGGCUUUAUGCAUCUUUCUGAUCCUAACUGUAUAUGGUCUGAAGAGAAAAAAGAAGACAAGAGACAAAACCACCAACGCACCAAUAAUAACAACAGCUACAGAUGAUCCCGAGACAUUAAUACCAAUGGAAUGCAGUUUCCACGAAGCCCAGGAAGAGCACGGCAACAGCAGCUCGGAGUCUUUAGUCUCCAAAGAAUCCCAGGAUCACCUCGUGGCCUGAUUGAGAGCUUUUAUGACGCUCGACAAAAGGAAAGACUUGCUGUACAGUGUGGAUCUUUGUCUAUGAUCCGUGUGUGUGUGUGGCAUGAUUCAAUCGUUCGGACAAAAGGUGCCAUUUUAUCCUCCAGGAUCUCAUAACACGGGGCAGGAAGGGGAAUUCUGGGCAAAACUACAAGUGCCUUACACACCUCCUUAAUUGCAGCGUGUCAGUGUCAACUUAAAAUGAUGGCGCCAGCUGAAUGGCCUCAAUAUGACAUGCACUCUUGGUGUCUAUGGCCUUUUAGUCGUGACCACAGCAACCUGUUGUUUACCUCUGACUAGGCACUUUUAAUGUCAGGCGAAAACUGAAAUUAGGGCUUCUAAGAUGUGUUUCAAUAUGCGUGUGCUGGGUUUGGGACGGUUGGGGGAACAUUACUGGGUGUAACAAUCCAUGUGCAAGCUGGGACUCGCUUGCUUGUACGUAAGUCAAACCUUUGAAUGAGAUGACUCUUUGCGUUGCUUCCUGAAUAUGAUAAGCAGACUAGUACAUGGAUCGACGGAGAUGGCAGCCAAGUGUUCUUAGAUGGUUUUGAUUUCGAGUGAACUCGGUGCUAAGUGAAAGCUUGCAGGAGAACUGUGACGCACAUGUCACAGCUGAAUGGGUCAAACGAGACACGGAACCCCCCCCCCCCCCCCCCCCCCCCCCCCCCCCAAGGAGUGCAUCCUGUACUUAUUUUGUCUACUGACAUUUGAGUGGGCAGCUACUAUAUCACAGCAAAGGCACUUUUUCCAUUCACAUACGUAUCUGCUCGCUGACCUUUGCAUGUUUUGUUUUUGGUUUUUUUUAGCAGAAAUGGAACAUUUACAAAAUGUCCUGCGUAGGGUGCAAAACAGAAAUCUUUCACACAUUCUAUUAUCUUAUCUUUGACAAUUCCUUUUCAGAAAAUUGUUUUUACUUUUUACUGGGACUUGGACAAUAAACCAUUGCUUCAA